AUGCCAUUUGGCCUCAGGGGUCCGCAACCGUCAGGGGGCUCGCAGCCUUUACGCGAGAUGGUGUGGCUUCUGAAUGCGGUUAUUGGGCUACUCAAUGCCGUCCCUGCUGCCUCGCAUGGGUCCAUGAUCAUGCCGCCGACGCGCAAUUCUAUCGAUGCCGAACUGCCCGGCUGGAGCCACGAGCAUUUCCCAGCGACGGGCUGGAUCGAACCAUACACGUGUAUGUGCACAAACGGCACAUCCGAGUGCAAUGCUGGCCAAAGCUGCUUCUGGUUCUCGCAGGGCUGCAGCAUUGGCUGCAAAGCAUGCACCGGGAACGGCAUCCGGUAUCCGAACUUCGACCAGUGCCCAGAGGAGCGAACGGCCAGGCAAACCCUUCGCAAGGAGUAUUGGACGGCCAACCACAACGCCGAAGAGGGAUCCGUGGCGGAUAUCUUCAAGUUCAACCCGUGGCGAGCACCGGGCACGGCCCCUGUCUUUGAUGCUUGUGGGAUGGCCGGCGGAAAUGCGGUCGAGGUCUUCAACGCGGGUGCGUACAAGACGACACGUUUCGCGCGGCAGGGCGAUCUCGGCAGCAAGGUCCUCAAGCCUCGGCCGUCUGGCACGAUCUGGAAGAUGGGCGCCCUGGCGAAGACGCGGUGGCAGCAGACAGCGGGCCACGGCGGCGGGUACCAGUUUCGUCUGUGCCCUGCGGACGAGCCUCUGACCGAGGAGUGUUUCCAGAGGAUGCCCCUCGAGUUUGUGGGCGGCAAGCACACGAUCCGCUUCAAGAACUCCUCGAUGGACUUCGAGAUCAACGCCACCGUCGUCGCAGAGGGCGGAGGCAAGGGCUGGAUGAGGUACCCCGUUCCAGAGCUCACAGACGUGAACUGCGACUACAACGUUACCAAGACGAAUGCGAGUGCCCACUGCCCCUGGAAGUGCCCAGGGUGUGGGCCGCCUGCCUACGCCGCGGACGCCGCGUGCCCCACUGUGUGCUCCAAGCACUUCCCCGGCACGCCUAGCAACGCGGGAGCCGAUCCCAAGAUCUUUCCGUGGCCGGUGCCAGGGCACGAUAUGCAUGAUUUCGCUAUCGAAGAUACGGUCCGGGUCCCUUCUCGAAUCAAACCUGGAAAUUACGUCUUGGGUUGGCGUUGGGAUUGCGAGAUGACCUCGCAGGUGUGGAGCCAAUGUGCUGACAUCACGAUCGUGGACCCCGGUUCCGACGGCUUCGUCAUCUGA